GACACCUAUUUUUACCCCUUCUUUCCGUCUCUCUCUCUCUCUCUCUCGGCAUCUUCCAUCCUCUACGCUGUGACACCACCGUCCGUUAGCUGUCUCUCCGUUUACUCUCUCAACUUGGGUGUUCCUGUUACAUUGUCAGAACGUUUCCCGACCGCCGCCGGUAACCCCACUCGUGCCACCGCAACCGUAGUGUGCCGUAACACAUUGGGUUGUAAUACUGCUACGGUUCGGGUUCAAAGCUUAGAUAGCACUCUCCAAAAGUCAGGGAAGUGGUAGAUGGCAUUAAGGCGAAUUUUGGGGUUUUCUGAUGGUGAGCUGAUGCGGGCGGAUGCAAAACCUUGUUCCAGAUUGAUGAGACAAACGGCUGGAAUUUUUACAGUUGGAGGAGGAUUGGCGUUUUGGAUUCUUUGUAGAUUGCAUUAUGGUCCUAGAAUUACGGUUCCCAGGAGUCUUCGUUGGGCAGCUUGUGGAGCAGUAUCGGUCAGCUCAUCCUCUGCUCUACUGGUUUGCUUAUUUAGUCCUGAAUGCGAAUCACAGAAUAUAGCUGCAUAUGACAACAAAAAGUAAUGCUACGUUGAAGCUCGUCUUAAUAUGUUAACUUGAAGGCCAAUAUUAUUACACAAUCUCAAGAUGCACAACUAAGAUCAAUGUUCUUGGCAUUCUAUGUUUUUCAGAAAAUUGCACUGUGUCUCACAUGAGCAGAUUUAUUAACAUGUUGAUGAUUGGGUUUUUA